GACACAAUCCAUAUCUGUGGCCAGCCAGCUGUGUUGUUGUGUUGUGAUUUGACUUGUGAACACAAUUUUCUCAGAUUUUUCAUUGAAGUCCUUUUAUCUUUAACCAUUGAAAAUAUUACUCUAAAUACAUUUCGUGACCAAUAUGGAUCCUAAAGAAGUGGUUGAACACUUGGUGGCGUUGAAAGUGAUGCGACUGACAAAACCAGCAUUAAUAAGCCCAAAAAUUGUUACAUGCGAUUCUAAAGAUUUACCGGGUAAUAUCCUGAAUAAUUACUUAAAAGAAGAUGCUACAUCAGUCACUCAGAUGGAAACACUUGCUGCUGGUCAAUUUCUCUUACUUCCUCAAAGUUUUGGUAACAUCUAUUUGGGCGAAACGUUUUCUUGCUACGUUUGUGUUCAUAAUGAAACUAAUCAGCCUGUACAGAGUGUUUCAAUUAAAGCAGAUCUCCAGACUAAUUCACAGCGAAUUCCAUUAUCUACCACAAAGUCACUCACAAUGCUAGAUGUUGAUGAAACACUGAGUGAUGUGAUACAUCAUGAAGUUAAGGAUCUGGGUACUCAUAUUUUGGUCUGUGAAGUCACCUACAUGUCUAACUACAAUACAUUAGCCUCCUUUAGAAAGUUCUUCAAGUUUGAAGUCAUGAAACCACUUGAUGUGAAAACUAAAUUUUACAAUGCUGAGUCGGAUGAUGUGUAUUUGGAAGCUCAAGUACAAAAUAUUACUUCUGGCCCAAUCACACUGGAGCAAGUUUCUUUGGAAAGUUCCCAACAAUUCUCUGUGAAGUCCCUGAAUGAGAUUGUCAGUGAGAAGGAAGGAUUAUCAGUGUUUGGUGAUAUCACACUACUUCAACCUCAAGAGAGUUGCCAAUAUCUGUAUUGCUUAACCCCGAAAGAAAAUAUAGCAAAGGAAAUUAAGCUGUUAACAGCUGCCAAGAACAUUGGAAAGUUUGAUAUUGUAUGGAGAUCGAAUUUAGGAGAGAAGGGCAGACUGCAAACCAGUCAGUUGCAAAGAAUGACCACUGAGUACGGAGAUGUGAGAUUAACCUAUGAGUUGCUGCCAAGUAAAGCUACAGUUGAUGAGCCAUUUGACUUCAAAUGCAAAAUAGUUAAUGCCAGUGAAAGAACUUUGAAUUUAAUUUUGAAACUCAGAUCUCUCCCAGACUCCAGUAUGUUGUGGUGUGGAGUUUCCAAUAGGAAAUUGGGUCCCCUGGAACCUGGUAAAUCUGUUUACGUAAAUCUGACAGCAUUACCUAUUAACACUGGUCUCCAUAAUAUUACUGGAUUAUCUUUAGUUGAUCUAUUUUUAAAGAGAACUUAUGAUUAUGACUAUUUAGCUUCUAUUUAUGUAUGUUAAAUUAGAUUUAAAAUUACCAAGUUCUUAGUGAAUUGUUUAUAAUAAUAUUAUUAAAAUAAGUUAAUUAAUUAAUUUAAUUAACAUUAUUUACUUUUUUUAACUUUGAGGUUUAUUAGUACCAGAUUGUGUAUUAAACUACUUCAUUCUAAAAUUAUACUGAAAUAAAU